AAUUCAAACUUCAAGCCUCUAUAAUGAAUAAAAAAGAAUAAAACGUAACAGUUUAAUUACAAAAUUUGUUAUUUAAAAAAAAAAAAAAGAGAGGGGAAAAAAAGAGGCUUGCGGAUCAGAUCAGAAAUGGAAGAGAAUACAAUGGUUAAUAUUCCAGAAGUUCUUCUUAACUCAAGCGAUAGGAGAAUGCCAUUACUGGGCAUGGGCACGACAACAUCUCCUCUAGUAGGAUCAGAUGAGAUUAAAACGGCAAUUCUUCAAGCAAUUGAGCUUGGUUAUAGACAUUUUGAUACAGCUACACUUUAUUUAACAGAGGAACCACUCGGUGAAGCCAUUGCUGAAGCAUUGUCCAGUGGCUUAAUUAAAUCUAGAGAUGAACUCUUCAUCACCUCUAAGCUAUGGUGUAGCGAUGCUCAUAACGAUCUUGUUGUUCCUGCUCUUCAAAAGAGUCUCCAUUCUCUUCAGUUAGAGUACAUUGAUCUUUACCUGAUUCAUUGGCCAGUGAGCUCAAGACCAGGGAUUUAUGAGUUCCCAAUAAAGAAAGAAGAUUUUUUACCUAUGGAUUUUAAAGGUGUAUGGACAGCAAUGGAGGAGUGUCAGAAACUUGGGCUUACCAAAUGCAUUGGGGUGAGCAAUUUCUCUUGUAAAAAGCUAUCAGACAUUCUUGAAAUUGCAGAGAUACCUCCAGCAGUUAAUCAAGUAGAAAUAAACCCACUAUGGCAACAAAAGAAGCAAAUGGAGUUCUCUAAGGCCAAUGGAAUUGUUUUGACAGCUUAUGCUCCUCUAGGAGGAACUCUUUGGGGUAUCAAUAGGGUUAUGGAGUGUGAAGUGCUUAAAGAGAUUGCGACUUCCAAAGGAAAGAGUGUUGCUCAGAUUUGUCUGAGGUGGGCAUAUGAACAAGGAGUUUGUGUGUUGGUGAAAAGUUUCAACAAAGAAAGGAUGAAAGAGAAUCUUGACAUAUUCAACUGGACAUUGAGUGAGGAAGAGACCAAGAAAAUCAGUGAGCUUCCACAGAGUAAAGGAACAAGUGGAGAAGAUUACAUCUCAGAUAAAGGCCCUUUCAAGACACUUGAGGAACUCUGGGAUGGAGAAAUCUAAUCUUUCUAGUAAAUUUUUAGCUUUGUUAUUCAUAUAUAAAGAUAAUGCUACUUUCCUUUCUGCAGUGCACAUUCUUAUUUCUAUCCAGAUCAUUAGUUAGAUUCCACAAAUUUCUCUAUAAAUGAAAGGUAUAAAUAUAGUAAAAUAUACUCUUUUUUUUUCUUUGGUUCAA